AUGGGCAAGACGCGUAAACGCAGUGCUCCCUUCACUGGCCUUUCUCGUUUCCUUCAAACUUCCUUCGACCAGGUCCCUACCGAAGUAAAUGUCCUUCCGACUCCAGCUUGUUCAGGGAGCUCAAAUGACCGUGACGCAGAGGUCGAGACCGCGGAACCACCACUGAAAAAGUUCAAACCGGACCGCGGACCUGCAAUUGUGACUCCUAGACUGUCCCUGCAAAAUGACUUUGAUCAUCAUUGGGUAGAGAAGUACGACGCCACGGGGCUCGUCGAACACUAUACGGAUCUGUCCCAGGUUCCAGAGCAUCUCAAAAAAUAUUUCUCACAACGUACACGUUUUUUCUCCCUCUAUUCGACCCCUCCGGGGUGUCUGUUGGACGAAGAAGGCUGGUACAGUGUAACCCCGGAACUCAUUGCAGAUCAGAUUGCCGAACGGUGUCGAUGUGAUACCAUCCUCGACGCGUUUUGCGGCGUAGGAGGAAAUGCAAUCGCGUUUGCAAAAACUUGCCAGAGAGUAAUAGCGCUGGAUACCUCUCCCACACGUCUGGCGUUGGCACGGCAUAACGCACAGAUCUACGGUGUCGCAGAUAACAUCGAGUUCAUCCUCUCGGACUACCUUUCCUUUGCUAAAUCGUACCUUUCUCUUCGGGAACGAUCCGCGCAUCGAAUCAUCGAUGUCGUGUUCCUGAGUCCCCCGUGGGGCGGACCAUCAUAUCUAGCAGGAACACCAUCUCCAAUAAAACCUGGUGGCGCAUUCCAGGAUCAACCAACAGAAUAUCCGUUGUAUACAUUGGCAUCAAUCCAGCCCAUCCACGGUGUUGACUUAUUUCGUCUUACUCGUCAGAUGACGCCCAAUGUGGCUUAUUAUCUCCCAAGAAAUACCGACGUGGAAGAACUUGGGGCGCUCUUGGAUGACGAUGUGCAAGCAAAGGAAUAUAUCGAGGUGGAGGAAGAGUGGAUGGGUUCAAAGCUGAAAGCUUUGACAUGCUAUUUUGGAGGUCUAGUUGAGGGCCAGGGAGAACUGUUUUGA